AUGCUGCGCGAGCGGUGGGCCGCUGACGGGGACGAGCGCGCUCACGGCGGCCAGGGAGCGUCGCAGGGGGUGCGCGGGCUAUUCACCCUGGUCCUCCCACCAUGGAAAUGCGAGCUGGGCGUCCCACUUGCUUUUUCGGCCUCCCCAAAGAUGGCGUCCGGCGAGCGCCAUACGCCAUGCCACGAUGUGAUACAGGGUACUUGUCGAAUCCGACGAUCUGGUCCUUCUAACUAG